AUGUCUGUUAUAUAUACGUUGUCCCCUGCAGCGCUCCCCGAGGACUCGAGCCCGACCCCCAUCAUCUCCUUCAACGAAGCGCUGCAGUUCUUCCAGACCGCGGACCUCGGGGACCUGCUGAAGAACAUCCAGCCGACCAUUCGCAGGACGGGUCUGGCGGCGAUCACCCACUUCCUCUUCGGACCGCCGCGGCUGCACAGGGAGCUCCUUGAGGAGAGGGACCUGGUCUUCGCCAUUGCACAGUGCCAUGUGGACAACAGCCAAACUGUCCACAUGCGUGUCCUCCAGACCAUCUAUAAGCGGCUGAUUGGCAGCAAGCUGGACUGUCCUCGCUUCGGGGCACACUGGGAAAACAUCGGCUUCCAGGGUGAGACUCCGGCACCCCCCUGCUCUUCAAGUCUUGAUGUUCAUAUCAAAUUCAUCCGGCUAAUUCUUUUUCAUUUCUAGACUUUUUUG